AUGAAUAAAAUAGGAAAAUUUUCUAUAGAACUUGAAAUUGAGAGUGAUACAGAAGAGAACAUAUUAGAGGAACAAUUAGAAACAGGUUUAGAUGAUACUUUUAGUGAAAAUGAUUGGGAAAAUGAUGAGGUAAGUGAUUGGGAAAGUGAUACUGAUUUGGAAGCAGAACAAGAUAUGCAGGAUAGACUUUUGAAGAUUAAGAAAUCCCUUUUGAAAAACUACCCCAAGGUCGCCAGCACUUUUUUCAUCCCACGUGAUUUAUGGCCGGCAUUAAAUUAUCCGGACAUAAUGGAAAUUGAUUCCAACAUGAGUUGGGUUCUCCCAAAUUAUCUAAAGGAUAAGGUUGACAGUCUUUUCUUUAUAAGUAGGUGGAACGACUGGCGCCUUAUCGAAUUUCUUGAAUUUAAGAAAAGUGACAUCCUGGCUGGUCUUUCAAAGAAACAGCUAUCUCCAAAUAUGCUGGAAAGUGAAGAUGUCAAAACGUUCUGGAAGAAUAUGGAACGGUUAACUAUUCUUGGAGCAAGUGCUUCAUUUGAAAGUAAUGUUCUCAAGGUUCGUAUGAGAAGAUUCUGUGAAGAAAUUGAUGAUAUGAUCGAACGUGAGGCGAAAAUUAAUGAAAUGAAUGAAUGUACUAGUAUACUAAAAAAAAAAAAUUAG